AUGGCUGAUUUCUACCGUGGAUUCCAUUUUGUUGGCUGGCUGCUUCUGAUAGUCUGCAGUUGGGCCGUGGACACACCAACCCCUACAUCUCCGCAGACCGUGGAAGUAGACCUAAUCUUUCCGCGCAAUGAGACCUACGCCCCUAUCUCCCUCAUGCCGAUGGUCUUUGCUAUUCAGAACUUCCGCGUUGCAAAGUCUCUCCUACUGAAAUUUGAUUACACUCUCGAACAGGUCCCAUAUAUCAAAACAAAGCCAUUGUAUGGGAUUAGUGAUUUGAAGUACACCAACUAUUCAGGCAGCAGGAAUCAUUUCCCAUAUGCCUGGACCACCAAGCUUAACAACACGGAGGGCACAUGGCUGUUUACCUGGACAUUGCGUGCACUUAACUGCUCCCAACCCACGGAGGCAGACCCAGAGGACCCAGGUCCGCAAAAGCCUUUACACCUUGAGACCGUUAUCAUGAGCAAUUCCGUUUACUUUACUACGACACACGGGGCUAAACAGCCAGAUCUCGUUGCUGCGACGCAAGAUGGCGCCUGCGCUGAGUCACAAGCCGAUACCAUGAAUAUCACGGGGAUACUAGAUGUCCCCUGGUCUGACAGCUAUUGGGGAAGUCAGUCUGCAUGCCCAUUGCUUUCGACCGUAACGCCAACUGCAAAUCCCUGUGGAGUCAAGAUAGACUCUAGUGCGGCAUCGAGUAUUUCAUAUGCCAUUCAAUCUAGCGCAUGUCUAUCGGCAGUGACUCCAACUGUGGCCUGCCCGCCUGGUGUUGAGACGGCGAACUCAGCACACCACGUAGAGCAGUUUUUAGUCUCAGUGGCAGGGUUGUUCGCAGCUACACUUGGUUGGCUCAUCUUCCUGGCGUAA